CAGGAUGACCCUAGUCUUCAAGCCACACCCUGUACUUCUAGACAGAUAUUGAUCUGGUCCUUCGUAAAAAUAGCUUCUUUGGACCCUGUAGGAUGGGCUGAGCAGAGACCAAAUUGUGCCAAUAUGGGUUGUAAGUCGAUGUCGAGGUCAAAGGGAUGACGCAGUUUGAUCGAUGAAAUAUUUUUACGCAAGUGGAAUUCGAUGCUCGUGGACGUCGGUGGCGAUGGACCCCGAGGAUCGGCUGUCCUUUUUCGGUUAGGGGGCUUAGCUAAGCAGGCUCACAGCCAAUCAGCUUGCGGCCGAUUCCAAUCGAGAAAACCAUCCAAGAACAGCAACAACAGCAACAACAACAACAACCACAACAAACAAAACACAGAACGAGAAGAGGAAACCAAAGAAUGCUACGCUCCAAGGCCACCUCACUACUCUCAAGAGUCAAACCAAGCCCAACUCCACUCGCCAAUCGCACCUUCUCAAGCAGCUCAUCACGCUCCCGGAUCAUCUCCACCCAACCCGUCAAGGCUUCCGAGACAAGCGCAAAGUUCUCCAACGGCAAGUACCCGAUCAUCGACCACGAGUACGAUGCCAUCGUCGUCGGAGCCGGUGGUGCCGGGCUCAGGGCUGCCUUCGGACUCGCCGAGGCCGGCCUCAACACGGCUUGUAUCACCAAACUCUUCCCAACCCGGUCCCACACAGUGGCCGCCCAGGGUGGGGUCAACGCUGCACUAGGAAACAUGACAGAGGAUGAUUGGCGUUGGCAUAUGUACGACACCGUCAAGGGCUCUGACUGGCUUGGAGACCAGGACGCGAUCCAUUACAUGUGCAAGGAAGCUCCACAGGCGGUAAUCGAACUCGAACAUUUCGGGGUGCCCUUCUCGCGGACCAAGGAGGGAAAGAUCUACCAACGAGCCUUCGGAGGACAAUCCUUGAAGUACGGCAAGGGAGGACAAGCCUACCGAUGUGCCGCAGCCGCCGACCGAACCGGCCAUGCAAUCCUGCACACCCUCUACGGCCAAUCUCUGCGUCACAACACCAACUUCUUUGUCGAAUUUUUCGCACUCGACUUGAUCAUGGAUGAUGCUGGUAACUGCGUCGGUGUGACUGCGUAUAACCAAGAGGAUGGCACCCUCCACCGAUUCAGAGCACACCAGACCGUCCUGGCUACCGGAGGCUACGGUCGGGCUUACUUCUCUUGUACUAGUGCUCACACCUGCUCGGGAGACGGUAACGCCAUGGUUACCCGGGCUGGAUUGCCCUUACAAGAUCUCGAAUUUGUUCAAUUCCAUCCCACCGGAAUUUAUGGGGCUGGAUGUCUGAUCACCGAAGGAUCUCGAGGAGAGGGUGGAUACUUGUUGAACUCACAGGGAGAGAGAUUCAUGGAACGAUAUGCACCCACAGCUAAAGACUUGGCUUCUCGAGACGUGGUCUCACGAUCGAUGACGAUCGAGAUCAGAGAAGGCAGAGGUGUCGGACCCGACAAGGAUCACUGCUACCUUCAACUCUCUCAUCUCCCCCCAGAAGUCCUCCACGAGCGUCUCCCCGGAAUCUCUGAAACUGCUGCUAUCUUUGCUGGUGUCGAUGUUACCAAGGAACCAAUUCCAGUCUUACCAACCGUGCACUACAACAUGGGAGGAAUUCCGACAAACUACCACGGCCAGGUUUUAACUCAAGACCCUAAGACGGGAGCGGACAAGAUUGUACCGGGACUGUAUGCAGCGGGAGAGGCGGCAUGUGUGUCUGUUCACGGCGCGAACAGACUAGGAGCCAACUCGCUGUUGGACAUCGUAGUCUUCGGGCGUGCAUGUGCGAAGCACAUCUCAGCGAACAUGGAACCAGGCAAGCCUCACAAGGCGAUGUCCGAGGACGCAGGGAUGAAGUCGAUAGAGGACCUCGACAAGCUCAGGAACGCCAGCGGACCCAAGCCAACCGCGCAGAUCCGUAACGACAUGCAAAGAGUCAUGCAGAACGACGCCGCCGUCUUCCGCACCCAAUCUAGCUUGGAAGAGGGUGUCCAGAAGAUCCACAAGGUUGUCGACUCCUUCAAGGACGUCGGAGUAACUGAUCGAAGUAUGAUUUGGAACACUGAUUUGGUCGAGACCUUAGAGCUCCGAAACUUGUUGACAUGUGCAGCCCAGACGAUGUCUUCAGCUGAAGCCCGAAAAGAGUCACGAGGCGCGCAUGCACGCGAGGAUUUCCCGGAACGAGAAGACGACAGCUGGAUGAAACACACUUUGUCGUGGCAUAACCCUGAGUCUGGUGAGCCCGUCAAAUUGACUUACCGGGACGUCAUCAGCUCUACCUUGGACGAGAAUGAAUGCAAGAGUGUUCCUCCGUUCAAACGUACUUACUAAGUCUGAAGCUCGCAAAAGUAUAAAAUAAUUACCUUCAUCACUACUCAACUUUUUUUUUCUUCUUUCUUUCUUCUAAGAAGGCUUUUUUUUUGUUUUCUCACAUUCUUUGUUUUUGUUACAAUAUAUGAUCAUCACAAGUUUGUCAGAACAGGCAAUUAUGGUUACUUCUUCUUUUUAAGGGUGAAGAAGAAGAAGAAGAAAAAACACUUUUGAUGAAGAUUUAUGUAACUACUUGAUCAGAGAAUCAUUCACAUUUUUGAUUUGUAUACAAGAAAACAUGACAAAAAACAUCAGUUUACGUUCGCAUCAAUUUAGAGAAAACAAAAUCAGUACUUAUACAUACAUCAUCCAUCCUCAAUCAUCCGUCCAUCC